UGAUGAUGCUACAACAUGUCUAAUAUAUCUUUCAUAUUCUAUUCCCUGUUUCUCAGCAGUCGACCAGGUAGACCUCCGAAACGAAACAUUCCUCUCUCACUCACACCAACCAUCCAUGGACUCUCACGUAUGGGACCCACCCUCGACCUCCUCAAAAGGCCCAAACUGGAAAAUGGUCACCACCGUCUGCCGUUCAAUGGAUACGAGCACUUGGCUGCAGCCUCCCCGUACCUCCUGGCCACCCACCCAGCAUUCCUCCCAUCCUCCCUCUCCAUGCCGACCAACCAUCUCACCGCAUCACCCGCUAAGGCUGCCGAGAUGCACCACCUUCACCAUGCCGACCUGGGCGCCGCCCACCUUCACAACCUGCACAAGCUCUCCGUAGGCAUCCCCAGAUCGAAUUUCAUUGGACUACAAGUGCGCAGUGGACAAUACAGAAUGAAGUCGAGCCAGCCCAGCUCUCACAGCCACGCAUCGGUCGACAUCGACGACCACGAGGAAGACCUGGAGAACGGGGACAUGUCCCCGCGCUCCUCGGACGGCCCCAGCCCCAGGAUGGGCGGCUCGCAGGGAGGCCUCUCCCCCAAGAGCGACUCGUCGUCGGCCAUGCACGAAGACGAGGACGAGAAGGAGAGCGACCGUAUUCACCAGGAGGCGAUGGCGGCCAUGGAACACAGCCUAGGUACACGAGAUUUGAUCAGACAGCACCUUCAAAUGAUGACGAACGCGAGAGAAGAGAACAAGCCCUCUGGCAUGAACGGUGCUCUCUCUGAGGGAGCCCAUUCAAGAGGGGAGGAGUAUGAACAGCUCCAUGGCAACAGCACCAGCCAAUCAGGGAUGCCCCUGCCUGGAAUGACAGCUACUGAUAUACUCUCACACCAAGUGGGUCCAUCCUCCAUGGAGACUCUCCUGACCAACAUCCAAGGCUUACUGAAGGUAGCGUCCGACAACGCUCGCCAGAGAGACAAACAGAUCAACCUAGAGAAAGCUGAACUGAAGCUUGAACUGUUGCGUGAGCGGGAACUCCGAGAAUCAAUGGAGAAGCAACUGGUGGCUGAACAGAGGAGAUUUGCUAUUCUUGUCCGCCGUCUCAAGAGGGAGAAGCGCAGCCGAAGACGGCUCCAGGAGCAGGCAGAGUCAACGACCCAGCAGCAGCAGCAGCAGAGGGAACGCGAGAGGGAACAGCAGAAGAUGAAGGGCUCCUUGUCAGACCAGGAGCCAAGCAGGAGCCCACCUAUUCACACCAUCCAACCCAUCCAGGCAGUGGCCCAGGAGUCCAUCAGGGCACUCAACGGAGGAGACAGGAGGCCCAGCUGUCCAGAUGUCUAUGAGAAAGAGGAGAUGUCGCCCGAGAUGGAGAUUGAUCGAGAGAGGGCUAACUCAGUGGUGAGGAACGAGGCCGUCAGCCGACUCCAAGGUAUUAACGGAAGCUCGCAUCCUUAAGGCGACAGAUGCCAGAAUGUACUUCAAGAACUCCCUCCUCUUCAACCCCGGCUUGGCCACGUAAACCGCGCCCAACCUGGUCUCCAUGGCAACACUGCAUCCAGGCCCAUUGGAGUGACAUGCAUGUAAAAAGUACAGGUACUGCUUGACCUUAAUUGACCUCUGGCUGGGAAGAAGGAGCCUGAAUCCUUACACAAAGGCAUUAGAAAAUGGAUCGCUGAAACAGAAUACGAAGAUGAUUUACUACUUGUAUGUGAAGAUGUACAGAGGACGGAUCCUGUAUAAAGAUGACCUCAGUUGACCUUUAAUGGCCUGGCAAGGAGAAAUGCAGCAGUGUGGACUUUUAGUUGGAUGUACAAAUGAAAGACAUUGUAAUUAUUGUAGCUGUCUUCGACAAGGUGGUGUCCACAGGUAGUGUAUCAGAGAAAACAAAAAUGCCAUUUGUGACGCAAAGACUUUGGGCAAGAUAGAGAACCUUUUAGAGGAUGUAUAUAGUAUUUUGUGAGCAAGGCUAUUGCGGAUUACGACGAAUGUGUGCUGUGUUGGUAUUCUCAUACCUUCUCAUUCUACAAGUGGUAUAUUAGAGACAGAAUAGACCUUUCUCCUCCUGUGUUGGUAUUCCGUAGGUACCACUUGAGUCGUCGUCGAUGUAAAUUGAUGUAAAUAUGACCUUGCAAUUCUGACCUUAACAACCGUUGUUACGACCAGGACUUUGUGGUAGUUCAGUUUGGUCUCUUCUGUGUCACCCUCUUUGAACUAUUUAUGUAAAAUAUUAAAUCUUUAUGACAAACAUGGUAGGUUAGAUUUUAAAACUGUGGUUUCAUUGCAUUUUACAAUCCUGUAACUUGCCAUGGAAAUUUAUUUCCUCAACCACCAUCAUUUCAUCACUAUGCCAAAAUAAAUGAUAAAGAACCAAAGCUACCAAGUGCAAGAUGGGAAAUCGGUAAAAAUGACAAAUAUAUAACCUCUAUUUAAUGGUAAUCAGUUGUAUAAAGUUUAGCUGUGAAAUCUCAGACAUGGACAUUACUUUAUGUACAUUACUUCCCUGACUUUGUAUAUUUAUUAUUUAUUAAUCAAUUAAAAUUGCCUCGGCUAGAUAUAGCGCUGGCAAGAACAAUUGGUACUGUUGUAAAGUUUUUUAAAAUUUAAUUUCCAUUUGUUUUUGCUUCAAACUGCAUUCAUUAAUCAGAAAAGAGACAAUCAGCAACAAGCAGCUGGUACUGCGAAGAUGAUUUCAUCAGUUGUGUCAGAGGUCAUGAACCUUGACCCCUGUUAACUUGUACAAUGAUAGAUGUCAAAUAUUGACCUCACUAUGUUGAACAGCACUUUUCAUUUGCCUUUACAAAUUGAUUUUAAAUGGCAAGAAUUUCUCCAAACCAUUGUAUAAUUUUUCUUAAGUAUAGUUCUCAUAAACUUUGCAUCAUAAAAAAUGUGUUAAUUUUAGUAAUUUGAUUUUGUAGAUAUCUAUAUAUGUACGAUGCUCCGUAUAUUCCCUAUAAUAAACGCAAGAUGAUGUAAUUUCCAACAUGACUAAAUUGCAACUCUGACCCUGGUAUAUUUAAAUUGUAAUUAUCUCCUUUUUUAGCUCUAAAUAGCAAAACUAAAAAUGUGACAUACUUGCCAUAACGCUAUGCAGAUUCUGUACAUCUCGCAAUUGCCAUUAUAUCAUUUGAAAUAGCAUACAAGAUGACAAAUAUAUAUAUAUAUAUAUAUAUAUUCAUAGUUUUUGUGCUGCGACUGAACUCUUUAACAACUAACAUUUUGUUUUAUGUUUUCGAAUUCGAAUACAACGCAUAGGCAGGGAUCAUGAAAGUCUUGAUCGGCCAAUCUAUGCUAUGAUCGGUGUUUGAAUUCUAUCUCGACAAUUAAGAUAUAUUUAACUCUUUAACUACUUAUACACAUCCUCCUUGCUACCCCAUUUGUAAACUUAUUCCAUAUUAGGUAAACAAAAAAAGAUGUUUUCUUAGGCAAAAGCAAAGCAAAGCAUGCGUGUCACUGUUAGCAUCCAUUGUGCUUUCUCCCGCCCUCUAAACUCUUGCUGAAGCUUCCUUCUUGUUUAGAAUCAUUUGUACUAUGUUGCAUUAUUUGACUUUGACUUUGGCCAGUAUGUGUAUUUCAAUUGUAUAGUUUAUAUGCUGUACACAAUUGCAGCAGGUGUAUUAUAAUGACCCUGAAAUUGAUAUAUUAUUAUGUAAUAGGUGUUUGUCACAUAAAGACUAGAGGGUGCAAAGAAGAAGCAAACAGGGUUUAAGUGCAGAAAUUGUUACCGUAAAUGAUGUUAGUUAUGUGUAAACAUUUUUUUAAAUAAUAACUAUUCAUUUGAAAUACCUAGAUGUAGUACUAAACGACAAAAGAAGAAAACAAAUGUUUAUAUAUUUUCUUCAUCUAACUAAAAAAAUGUAUUGAAAGAAAAGGCAUUUCAUCUGUAUCAAAUCCAUGUUAGGUAUUUAAAUGUUAAACCUGAUAUAUUCAUAAGAUUUUUAAACAUUGUUAUGGUUUAUGUUUUUCAGUGUCUAAACUCUAAAGAUAGGAACUGUUCUGAAUAUUGGAUCUUUUCUUUUGUAGAUCUCUGUGUUUCCAUUCUUUCUGUAACCUCUGACAAUAGAGGGUGAGGAAGAUUGGAAACCAUUUUCAGCAUUAUGUUCUGAUGUAGGAGGGAAUGGAAUAAGAUUGAGAUUUGAAUACCAGUCUCUAUUGCGGUAGUCCUUUACUCUCCCAUGUAACUUCAGAGUGUUAGCUUUCAUACCUUUUCUAAUAAUCUUUUUAGGGCUUGAUCUACCAAGUCACCCCAUGCCGACUUUAACGAUUUAUGUGCAUUGAUGUAAUAACACAUGAUACUUGAAUGACCUAGAGAACUGUAUAAUUAUAGACAUUCCUGUUUUGUGUCCAUUUGUAUAUUAACCAUUGUAAUUAACCAAAAAAUAAAAUUUUGAUGAUCAUCCUAUUCAUUACCUGUAGUUAUUCUGCACCUUAUUUUUUCCAUCAUAUAAUUAUUGUUUUUGAUAUUUGAAAGGUUUUUUUUCCUUCCUGUUCCAAUAAAAAAAAAAUCUCUUUUUGUAUUUGAUUUUGUGUUGUAGAAGUAAGAACAUUAUAUUUUCAUCUCAGGUUGGCAAAGUUUCAGAUAGAUGCACUGACUUAGCCAUGAUUUCUUGUUUACCCCACCUCCAAUGUUAGCAUCGAAUUAGGUUUGUGGAGAGUUUAUGUUUUUCUAUUUAAAAGAAAAAGAAAGUUGAAGUAUGUUUAUGUAUGAUAUCAAUCAUGUCUUAACAUCAGUGAUUUAAGAAUACUCGAAAAUAACCGCUCAAAGUAUGUGUUCAUGAGGAAAAGUGAAAUUGGGGCAAACAAAUUCGCUGGCUUCAUGUCAAAAAUGUUGAGGCAGGUUCUACGAGGGCAUGCAGGUGAUAUUUUUUUACCUGAUUGUUUUUGUGAAAUUAUGCAGAUAUGUUUCCUCUUUCUUGCUUCAUAUCGCAAGCUAUAGCAUAGCACGCCAUUGAUUAAACCAGAAUAUCUGAUUAAAUAGAAAACCCUCUUCUAAAAAUAUGACAUAAAUUAUUACAUAGUCAUGCUGGACAAAAGAGGUCAAAGGUCAAUUCAUACUGGAAUAUGUACAGAACAAAAAUGUCUUAAAACAACUUUUAAUGUUAUAAAGUGUUUCCCCCAUAUCUUUGUAUAUCUACGGUGCUCACUUUAUGAAAUAUUCUGCUACAAUUAAAACCACCUUUUAUUGGAGCUCUCUGUAUGAGAAAGGUUAUAAAUGUGUGACUAUUGACUUUGCUGUAUACAUCUUAUUCUUGUAACAAAAUUGUGUACAAACUACAGAUUUUGAAAACUAGAGGAACAAACGAAAAAAAAAUGCAUUAAACUAUUGUAGAUAAAUGUGUCUUGUUAUUGUAGAGUGUAGAUGUCAAUUGGUUUCAUUUAUAGGUAGCGCAAAUUCUUUCAUUUAUUAUUUUGUCAUUACUAUUUUGUUGUCUCAUCAUCAUCAUCUUUAACGUUGUUAUCAUUUGUUGAUUUGUUUGCUCUUUCCAAAGUAAAUAAUUUCUUUUAAUUUAUUAGGGAAGCGAUAUUGCAAUAAAGUUUGGGCCCUUGAGCCCACAUCGAGUUCAGUGUAAA